UUGUGACAUUAUGAGACAAUAUCAAUAAUGUAAUCUAAUGUGAAAUAAAUUUUAUGCAAAGAUAUGCUUUUAACAGGGUGUGAAUUGCGCAAUGCUAUAUUUAUUAUUCGUUUCGGCAAUAUUUUUCGACUUUCUGAACGCAGUCUACCUUUUCGAUUACGAUGACAUAACUACAAAAAGAGUUAUAGAAGAAAUGGAGUUCGAGCCAACGAUAUCGCUGACAAAAAACAAAGAAAAAGGACUGUCAGUUAAGAAUAUUAAUUGCGAUAACUUCUCAAAAUACGCGGUAAAUUGUACCAUUGAAGCUGCACUUUUGUAUAAUUCAAGUAGAAAAACUCCACCGUUGCCAGCUAAGAUUAUGGAUUGGUGCAGAGCAAUCCGCCGGCUCACAAAUUGUGCCAUAGACUGGAACGCGGAUUGUAGAGACGUCACCGAGAGUCACUUCAACGAGGAGAGCAUAAGGGGCCACAUGCACGUUGUUGACAAUGUGUGCGACGACGAGUGGUUCUUAUCACAAUAUGAUGACUUACCACUCUGUAUAGAGGCUACAGAAGACCUAUGGGAGUCUUGUUAUACAAAUUUCAAGAUAUUAGUUGAAGAACAAAAAAACACGACACACGAAUGGACUCAUUUUGAAACACAUUUCUAUUUAUGCUGCGCUCGGGCUCAAUUCCGCAGAUGUACGCUGGACUCGAUUUUUGAUAUUCCAACAAAAUGUACCCACGAGCAAGCUGUCACGUUACAGAAAUUUUCAGUGAUUGUCUCCGAAGGUGACGUUUUUCAGGAUUGUGAUCAUAAUAUGCUAUACACGAAUUGUCCUGGUGGAGAUCCUCGUCCAACACGCGAAAAAUUGGCGAAAUUAAUGAAUACGGAAUUAACUAAUACUGCAAUGUCCAAUGGAGUUUCGCCAAAUCAUAUUUUUUUUGUG